UUGGCCAGCAAAAAACAUAUGGCUUCAGCUUUCUCUGUAAAGAUGGGUGUCGGCGCUGCAAGAACGCAGGAGCGCCAAUUUUACCUCUCAUCGCAGAGAAGACCGAGGGAGCCUCUAAAGAUUAGUCAAUGUGCCUUGUUGGGUGAUAUUAAAAUUUGUGGUGAUCAGCUCAGGUUUAAGAAAGAGCAGAAGAUGAAUUGGGCAGAUGUCGAUAUUUUUGGGAGAUCCGGAUUUUCUACAUUAGCAAUGCUUGGUAUUGAACAGAGCAGAAAUGUUGAUAGCUUAGGUCUCACUGAACUUGAUGUUGAUUCAAAUAAACAUCAUAAAGAGGAUGACGACGAUGAUGACGAGGAUGGUGAAGAGGACGAUGAUGAGGACGAUGAAGAGGAUGACGAAGAAGAAGACGACGAAGAAGAGGAUGACGAUGAAGAAGAUGAUGAUGAGGAAGAUGAUGAGGAGGAGGAUGAAGACGAUGAUGAAGAUGACGAGGAAGAUGAAGGAGGAUGUGAUGAUUAGGAAAGCUAUAACUGUUCAAUCUGUUAUAGUCUCUUUUCAUGUCGACUCUAAGAAAUGCUUAUUAACUCAAGUUCUAAUUGCCAAUUUGCUUUGGUUUCGAGAUAAUUUAAUCAUGUACCAAGAUUGUUAGGAUAUAAAAAUGAAACUCUCAGUUAACCUGGUGAA